AAAUGUAUUUUUAGAUUCCUUAGGUAUACAUUACGAUUAUGACAAAUUAACUAUUCUAGAAAAUCAUCGCAAUAUCAAUUUUGGAUCAAGUACAGCUGAAAUUUGGUAGAAUAUUUUCCAUCCAUUUCUAAUAAUUGUUAAAACUAAUAUUAUUGCAUCUCAUCAUCUUGUUUAUUUAUUAUACAUUUUUAGAAAAACAACAUUCAGUAGGAAUAUAUAUAAAUUUACCCCCGCUAACUGUGACACACACAUUCAUGCGUACAACGUACAGCUACUCUCACGACCCGCAACAUAUAUUUUACCCACACACGGUACACCACAGUCUAUUAUUAGUUUGUUAAAUAUAUACGUUUCUUAUUUACCAUUUUGUGUAAACCUACAAGAUUUGCUUUUUUUUUCUUCAACUGUAAAGAUCAUCAUCGAUAAUAACAUGUCAAAUAAUUCAUCAGCUAGUACAUCGAUGUAUGGAGGAGAUGAGUAUCAUAGACGCUUGGCCGGAUCACCUUUGGGAGAUAGUCCAAAUUCGGAUCUUCAGUCUCCAGUUUUCCUUCAACUCAACGUACAUAAUUUUAUCGGAUAUGAUGAGAUGGCUCAAUCUGGUGAUAGUGGGUAUUCAAGCAAACAGGACACGCAAGUGGAAAAUCAAGUUUGGUAUAGAGUAUUUUCAUCACCUUCACCACGACUUUCACAGAUGGAGAAUUGGGCACGAUCUUUGUCUCCUGUUUUUCUGGAAGAAGCUUCACCCGAUAUGUUCCAGUCACCAACACCGAGAGCAUGCUCACUGAGGGUGAGAAACGACCUUUUUCCGGCCAUCGAUUCUCAAUCAACAGUUUCGCCUAUCAUGUUAGACCUUUCUACUCGACAUUCUGGAGAGCAGCCGUCGGAAAUGGAUUGGAGUGAUUACGGAAAUGAAGUAGAGUUGAACCGUCAUAUGGAUGCAUAUGAAGAUGAUGAAGAGCUUAACCGUCAUAUGGAUACGUAUGAAUGUUGUGUAACGAUUUACAGAUUACUGACGCGUCAUUUAUGUCGCGCUUGAUGAAUUUGCUUAGGUAGACAGAACACAGGAACGUAGAGUACGAUAAUAUAAAUCACUGGCAUAGCCACCCAGUCGAGUUCGAAUCGUGAAAUAGAGACAACAGUCAUCUCUACAUUUUUA